AUGUCAAGGGACAAAAGCAAAUUGCUGUUCGAUCCCAAGCGACAUGAUCCAGUAAAAUUCAGUAAUAAUCAUUUAAAUAAAAAGAAGUCAAGCGAUGGCCAUUCGCUGGGCCAGUCCAUCUCCACCACCUCCUCCACCGUCGACGACUCCUUCUCCAGAGAUCACUACAAGGAUAAAGAAAAGCAGCGUAAGAAGCGUAGGGAUGCUCGUUCGCAGAGCAGCCACGAGUCGAGAUCUUCAAACAAUUCAAACUCAAAUUCAAAGAAAUCAAAGGAUGAGCCGGCGUCGGCGUUUUUAGUCCAGUUGAAGCGCGCUUAUAGAGACAUAAUGGAUACAGAGAACAAGCUAAUCGAUGAACGUAGAAUGGCGAUCACUUCCUCUACCAAAAUAUCCCUUUUCGGCCAAAACCCGGGGAAAUCGAACGACGACUUGAAUUGGAUACGCUUGGUUAACAAGCACAAAUCUCUUGCCGACGCUUAUCACAGCUUUCUUGCUACUUCUCUCGCUCCCCACACCCCAACUUCCCUGCACGCCCUGCCCCAGAAGUACAACAUCCCCACAAGACUCUGGCAGAAUGCUUUCCAUGGCCUGCUCGAGAAAAUGAGGAGUGGGCUGAAUCCAAAAAACCCCAGCUCUAUUCUAGACCAUCUCAGCGACUUUGUCUAUCACGCGUACGCCUUCUAUACCAACCUACUAGAAGAACCGGUUCUGUCGCCAUUCAAAGCAAGCUGGAUUGAGGCUCUCGGAGAUCUAGCGAGGUAUAGAAUGGCUGUAGCAUCCAUCGAGUCCACAGUUUCCACCGGUAACGGUAGUAGUAGCAGCCCGUAUUCGCUACCUACCACUUUUGCCACUCCAGCGCCACCCACACCUUUCCAGGCACGCGUAGAUGACUCGCAGCCAGAGAUGCCACCUCAUGCCGAUGUUGCCAGCGUUGGUUUGCCAGCGUUGAUGUCUGGUGGUUUUGAUGUUGAGGACAGACACCUAUGGAGGCAGGUUGCGCGCGACUGGUAUGGCCAAGGGCUUCGAGAUAUGCCAGGCACUGGUCGACUGCAACACCACCUGGGUGUCCUUUGCAGGAAUUCGCAGGACCCCGAUGAGGGAUUGCGAGCGCUAUACCAUCUCUGUAAAGCACUCACAACCUCCCACCCCUACCCCACUGCUCGAGAGACAUUGCUUGGUCUGUUCGACCCCGAGCUGCAGAGUGCGCGAAAGAGGGAGGAGAGUGUAACUGAGCUCUUUACACACGCACACGGACUGCUCUUCACGCGUGUCGAGCUGGAUAGCUUUCCUCAAGCGCACGAGCGUCUCGUUGCACAUCUCCAAGCUAAGCGCGCAUCAUUGCCCGAUUCGGUGUGGAUCAUGAUGGGCGUGGUGAACAUAGCAAGUUUGCUGCAAUACGGGCAGGAUGACAGUGUUCUAAAACGUACCGCGGCUGCGACAGAUGACGGAGCGAAGCGACAGAAACAGCUUCACACAUCGACUUCAAACCCUUCUCUCAACUCGGGCGGCGCUUUCAGUGCGCUUAGCUCCCCAGUCCCACCCGUGCCAGCAUUACCGCAGGCGAUCAUGAUGCAUUCGAAUAACAGGACAGGCAGUAACCCCAAUCUCAAUCUCAUGUCGAGCAGUCCCAAAUCAAGUCACUCGUUGGAGAAUCUCAACAACUUCAAUAACAGACCAGCCUCCAGCGCCAGCACGCGAUCAGGUGGUGGCGACGACGAUGUGCUCCUCGCGCUGAAUAAGGAGGGCGUCAGCGAGGAGUAUAGCACAUCCAAUACGGUUUUCGAGCAUGCGCAGGAGAUGACGUUCAGUAUAUUCGCUCUCCUCCUCCAGAAGCCUACUACGACUAGAGAGGGAGGUGAAGGAGGGGCACCACUUAACCCAUACAUCACGAUCGUGAUGACGUAUCUGACGACGAUCCUUAAGCAGCCGACUGCGCUUUCGCUGCUCGAGAAGAAAAUUCCGUGGGUUGAGUUAGCGAUGUGUCUAUCGCGCACCUUCCCCGAUCGCACAUCGCUAGAAAAGGGGGCCAAGACAGGCAACUUGAACGGUAGUGGUAGUAGUGGUAGUGUUGCGAAUGGGCUGCCACAGGGACCGCAGCUGUCGCGCCUCGUCGCCGGCACGCCUCUCCCCGAAGAUUGGUGUUUACGAGGCAUGGAGUGGGUGGGGCGAAGAGUGUACGAGCGAGGGUUCUGGAAGACGCGUACGGGCGCAUCAAGCACCGGUGCCAGCUACUCUGGUGCACCUCCGCCUGUAUCUGGAUCUGCCAUCCAGUCCGAAAUGGACGUUCUAUCCACUCACAUGAGCGGGGUGCCCAGCGGUGCAAACGCUUCCGCACAGGAUGGUCUCGACGGCGUGAUCGAGAGUGACGACGAUGACGAUAUCGAUAGUAUUGCUCGUCUGCGUCUCGAUGGUGACGAUGGAGCUUGCGCAUCUUCCGAUUUGGACUCACCGCUCAAACUCGCUGAGAGACGUCUGGCGCGGCUGGCAUUCACCAGUACUGUGCUGGCGCGAUUGGUGCAAGGCUUCGAUAUAGUCAGCUUAGAUAAGGAGCUCGGCCACUCUGACGCUGUCGAGUUUACCAUCACGGGCGAACUGCAAGCCAAGAUGAAGCGGUGGAGACUCGCCGAGGAGAGAAAGCGCGAGGAUGAACUUCGCAGGUUGGAGGAAAUCUACCAACAUAACAGCGACAGUGCUAGCGAUGUCGAUUCCGAUGCUUUCUCUGAUAUUUCCUCGCUCAGCGAGGCGAUUAGUGGCGGUGAGAAUGAGGAUGAGGAUGAGGAGCUGCGCCAGCUCAAAUUGCGCAGGAGGGAGCUCAAGUCUCUAGUCAGAGAGCAAAAGGAGAAGGAGAGGGAGGCGCAAGCGAAUGUGAACACCUCCAAUAAUCUCAACACCCUCAAUAUGCUCAAUACCAUACAACCGUCACUGACUACACUCAUUUUCGACACCAACGUCAUGCUCUCUUCGAUUGAGUAUGUGCAGGCAUUCGUCGAGAGCGGCGCUUGGGUGUGUGUGGUUCCGCUAGCUGUCAUCACGGAGCUGGAUGGUAUAUCUAGAACAGAUAACGCCCUCGGCAACGCUGCUAUAGUCGCGACGUCGUACUUAGAUGGAGCAGUUGAGCGCAGCAACUCACUCAAGAUCCAGACAUCGAAGAACAACUUCCUGAAAGACCUCACGAUGAGGUACGAGGAUUACGGCAGUGGUGGCGACAUGGAUGGGUUUGAGGAGAGGAAGACGCUCGAUGAUGUAAUUCUCGACGCUGCCAAGUGGCACAAGGAGAAUUGGAUGGAGCGGGAGAGACACUGGGAGAUGCGUGAGCGUGAGCCUAAGGUUGAAGGCCAGGUGAAUGCGUUCAGCCUCAACUCACCACCUACCUCACCACAGUUAUCCGCUAAGCCAGCUAUCCCAACCAAGUCUACUUCAAAGGUCGCGCUUAUAACCUACGAUCGCAAUUUGCGUCUCAAGAGUCAUGCAGCAGGCGUGACUUCGGUGGACGAGAGUGCCUUCGCAAGGCUGUACAAGAACCAUUACGGGAAUAGCUGA